UCUUGUUUUCUCUGUUUGUUGGAAUAUGGAGCAACAUUUGGUCCAAUGCAGCUGUUCGCCCGUCCAUACUGAGGCUCCUCUGUCUCUGCUGCGCCUCUCGCUUUAUUAAAUCCGACCGGACGCGGUUGACGGUCUGUCGGUCGGGCGGACGGACUGACGUGCGUCUGGACUGUGCUGGGAUCUGAGAAUUUGCUUUUUUUUACUGGCAACUGUGAAAGCCAAGAGUCUGUUCCCAGUGACUGUCACCGUAACCUGUUUGUGAUAAAGGGCAGCGUGGGUAAGGUGUCGCAGUUCAGACCAUCAUGCCCAUUGCUGUAGCAACAGCACAGGAAGUGUGUGUGUGAGCGACCCUGGCUGGCUCUGCUGGGAUGAACAUGCCACUGCACCAAAUCUCUGUCAUCCCCCGUGAUGUCACCUCAUCGCGGGUGUCGGGCAGUGGGAAAGCUAAGGACAAGGACAAGCAGAAUGAGAAACCCCUGGGGCAUUCUGCGAGCCGGUCCAGCAAUAUAUCAAAGGCGGGGAGCCCGACUUCAGUCAACGCUCCAUGCAGUUUCUCAAGGACGUCAGUUUCCCCCUCCAGCCAGGACAUCUGCAGGAUUUGUCACUGUGAAGGCGACGAUGAGAGUCCUCUGAUCACACCAUGCCACUGCGCGGGGAGCCUGCGCUUCGUCCACCAGUCCUGCCUACAGCAGUGGAUCAAGAGCUCUGACACGCGCUGCUGUGAGCUCUGUAAAUAUGAGUUCAUCAUGGAGACCAAGCUCAAACCGCUGCGCAAGUGGGAGAAGCUACAGAUGACGGCGAGCGAGAGAAGGAAGAUAAUGUGCUCGGUCACCUUCCACGUCAUCGCCAUCACCUGCGUGGUGUGGUCGCUUUACGUCCUCAUCGACAGAACAGCUGAGGAAAUCAAAGAAGCCGGAAAAAUCCCAGGGAUCCUAGAAUGGCCUUUCUGGACCAAGCUGGUGGUGGUGGCCAUCGGCUUCACGGGCGGACUGGUGUUCAUGUACGUCCAGUGCAAAGUCUACAUCCAUCUAUGGAGGAGACUCAAGGCGUACAACCGGGUCAUAUACGUGCAGAACCGUCCCGACACGUGUAAAAAGCUGGUGCUGGAGAAGCCGCCUCUCAUGGAGCCCAGUCUGGAGAGCAAGGAGGCUCUGGCUCCAACCCAGUCGGACACAAACUCCUCCCAGUACACAGAGACAGAAGACUACAGUAUGGAGGUGCUCCACGUCUGACCACUCCUACACGUACCACACACACAAACAGGCCCACAGUGAAGAGCAGCAUCGUAGAAUUGCUCGGUGACUGAGGAACGACCACACACUCCCUUUCUUCUGACCCCAGACUGACCUCCAGUCCUAUUCUGGUCAUCUUAUAUUCCCAAAACUCCAUCAACAGAGAAGGAUAGACCCCAACUGUCUUCUUCUGUCUACAUUCCUCCGCUCAGACUUUAUCCCUCCCUCCAUAAAUCCACACUCCCACCUGUCUCCUUUCCCAGGACUGAACUGGUUUUACUGACUUCUGUAAAUGUAUAAAAAGGCCUGGAGCAUACAACUCUCUCUACACACACACAAACAAACACACACACACACACACACACACACACACACACACACACACACACAUUCUUACAUGUAGACCUCUGUGCGAGCAGGACUGAGACAAAUAGACUCACAAAUGGCUCAUGAGGUCUACACGUAUCUGAUGCGUGGUUUUCUUUGUGAGUUUGUUAAAUUGUUUGUUUUUACCUCCCCUGAGUGUUGGGCUAACCUGCCGUGGAUCAGUAUGUAGCGCCGCGCAUCGGAUCUCUGGAACUUUCCAGCUACUGCCAUCUGUGUCGCUGUGGUCUGUCGGCUCCGAGCAGGCCUUGAUCUGAACAAGCAUCGAAGCACUUUUGUUUUUUUUAGUUCCCAAAAACAAAUCCCCUCCCUUCUUCCUGGUCUUUUCUGUCUUUGAUAUGAAUUAAAUCUUAAUGUAUAUGUUGUACAUGGGGGAUAGCACAUUCAAACUCCUGUUUUAUUUAACAUUUCCUCACACACACAUAUACAGUACAUGUAUCUUAACCCUCCCAUGGAUGUAAAAAAAGGAAUUGGGGGUUAAAAAAUGGAAUCAUUGAGUGUUAUAGUCAAAAUAGACAAUACGAGUUAUGUGUAACGCCAGGCUCAAAGCUCUAAUGCAGAUCAUGGAAAAUCCAGCCACAUCACUUCUUUACCCCAACGAAACUUUCUGAAGGCUUUGAGAAUGUAAACUUUUUUUUAAAUGAUAAAAAAGAAAUGUAUAAAAAGAAAAACAACAUUUUCUACUGGUCACAGGAAAUUGUGAGAUAAUUUCCAUGUCUUGGGAACAUAACGAAAGCCUCCGGGCAUAAACAGGGCCGCUCAUGUUUUUCUAUCAUGCGGUUGACACAAUAUUUACAGUGUGAUAUUCCAUGUGCAAUUUUUAAUAUGUUCAUUUGUUUGCUUAGUCACGGGAUGUGCCCUGAGAAAUCUGCAGCUGCCUAUUUUCAGUCUGUCCUCACAUCGCUCCCAAUGUGCAGACAGUGCAACUAUUUUUCCCAAAUACAUUGAUUUGAUUCAAAAACUGACUGAACUGUGAGUUCUAACUGUGACUGCUCAGAAUAAGCUUUCAUGACUACACCUUUACAAUGAAUUCCUCCAGCUAUGUUGACACUCCUGCACGAGUUUAUGUGUGUCUUUCUUCUUCCCAGACCAAUCAUACGGUGGCGUGACCAUUUCAGUAUUUGAUCACAAGAGAGCCAGCAUGUUGCCUCCCCUUUUAUUGAGUGUUUGUCACACAUCUGGCCUUAUGUUACCCAAAUGAGACAAAUUGUUCCAAAGUAUUUUUUUCAUUCCUAAAAGGAAGCACAUGUUAAAUACUGUAAAUGCAUUAUCUCAGCAUCAAGAAGAUUGUUGCAUCAGUGUGACAUAUUAGGUUGUUUCAUUAACAAACAAUGAUAUUUAUUUUUGCAGUAAAAGCAAUGCCAUGCACUCAUCCUUACAUACAGGGUGCAUCGUCUCUCUUCAGUGAGCUGCGGCACCGCCUGCUGGUGAGAUGCUGUAUGUGCAGUCUGAGUUAGGCAGCAGAAGAUUUCUAUGGGCGAUGUGUUUUGGGCUUACACUCAUUGUAAGAGCUUUUGUGUACUUGGGAGCACAGCGAUGCCAGGCUCAUGUUGAGCCUCACAGCCAUUCCAGCAACACACACAUUUUUUAAAAAACUGUCUUUGAUACCAGUAUACUGUCUGUGAACGAUGAUGGUCCAACAACAUACGUGAUAAGUACUGCUCAGCAGCAGCAGCAAUAAAUGAAACAUGCGCUUUGUUUUUUUGCAACAAUUCAUACUGUACUUGUGUAUAUGCCCCACAGUGACUUGAAAUCUGGAGUCUAAUAUUAUUUUAAAUACAUAAUAUGAGCCGAGGGAGUUGUUGUGUGUUAAGUUGAAUUAAGAGCUGAUAACGAGAAGCGUCUCUUAAACUUGGGUCCCCGCGAGGCUCAGUGCAAUUAGACAGAUAAAAAGUGCAAUUACCCUUUUGUUGAUAUUCUAUUCUAUAGUUAUGUAAUGGUGUUUAAUGUCCAGGCUGUCCUCUGGGAAUGAAAUGAUUAUUUCUUCAUUUUGUGUUGUAUUUAUUUUGAAAAGAAAACAGAGUACAAUUUGUUCAUUCAAAAAAUAAUUCAUUAGUAAUUUUAUGCAACUUAUACUUAUAGGUUUUUUCCCCAGAAAGAACAUUAGUGUCACUCUUUGUUUUUCACUUAUAAGAUUUUUUUUUUAUUUAAUUUUUUUAAAGCUCCACCUUAAUCUACUCUUCCAUCUCCCUUUCGAAUUGCUUGAUGAAUUUAUUUUAAUUAUGCAGAAUAUAAUCAUUUAAAUGCAGUACAAAUUUGAACGUUUCUUGCUAACGCCAUUGCAUAUGUAGUUUCCCUGGGAUGGAAGAUUAAUGAAGGAUGUAGAUUGUGCUUUUUUUUUUUUUUUUCUCAUAGUAGCUGGCUCCUUACAUGAAGUCUGGGACGGAAGUUUUGAGGCCACUUUAUGACACUUUAACAAGCGGGCUUCUUACCUUCUAAGAGCUGCUUUUUCUUUUUUUGUGUCUCUAAAAUCUUAAACGUUUCUCUUCAUUUUAUAAACCUUUAGAGCAGCACACGGACUGAGGAUGAAAAGUACUUCCUCAGCAUAAGUUUAUCCAUAUUUACCAUGGCUUACAUCUCGUCAUGUCUGGGAAUAGUGUAACUUGCAUAAAUCUACAUUUGUUUACUACUGACUGGACUUGAACAUAUAUGACUGUUCCCCUGUCUUAUGAUAUCAUUCCACAAGUUUGUCUGUGAAUUUACUUUGGAAUAGUAACUGUAAAGGAUUUGGUAAAAGUACUUAUGUUUUUUAAAAGAAAUAUUGAUGUGUUUUCAGUUUAAUUUCCCAUUAUUGAACAAAGUAUGUAGAAUUAAAAAGAACAACCAAAUAAAAAUUAAGUUACUUUUAA